GGUGUUAUAGGCGGCAUUGCCUUUGAAGACCUUUACUUCACCGGGGAUCUGUCUUUCUUCCUCCGCCCGCAGGUCGUCACUGUUUAUCACUUUUCGAGUGAUCAGUCACUAGAGAUGGUGAUAAAGUUGCCGGAGAACUUUCCUCUCGCGCCGGUUACUGUGGAAGCGGGACAGAAGAUUGUUGCACCUACCAGCAACUGGCGUUCCUGGGUCCUGCAUUUGUCCGUCUUCAUCAACAAUCAGGUCAGUGGGCGUCCCUCCUCCUACCCCCCCCCGCUACCACUCGUUGUCUGCCUCCCGCCUUUGCCCUCUUCUCAGACCUCUUAA